AAUCCUUCCGAUCAUCCCAUUAUAUAUUGGUCUAGUUUCUGUAAGAAGCACUCCGCUCUUCGUUGUCUCUCUUUUAGUCUUUUAUCAUUUGAAUUCAUAUAAUAAAAAUGAAAGAGAAGAAGAUGAUGGAGCUCAAUAAGUCCAUCCUCCUCCUCCUCAUCUCCUCUUCUCUUAUCUCAGCCUUCGCCAAUGGCCAAGAUGCCUCUCCUGCUCCGUCGCCAGCUGUGAUCUCCUUGAUUUCAAAAGCGACAUCGCCAAGGCAAUCCCCAUCUUCCACUGCCUCCGCACCAUCACCAUCCCAAUCUUCAUCCUUGUUUGCAUCUUCUGAUUCAAAAUCUGUUCCCGCUGAAUCCCCAUUGCCUCCAGCCACUAGUGCAAGAACUAAUGCCCCAGCGGGAGCUGCAGAGGAUUCUCAUGAAGGCUUGCCCUUGUUAUUUCCGAACCCAUCGUCUUCCGGCAAUCCUGUUCUGAAGAAGAUAUGCGACUCAACCGAUCACCCAACGGAAUGUCUGACUUCCAUUACUCCUUUCCAAACAGGAGAAUCCGAUCCAGUUUCGGUCCUGAAAAUGGAGAUGCAAGCCCUCCGUCAAGGUUUCAAGAAAGCCAUCGCCAAGGCCACGGAAAUAAACGACGAUCCUGCCGUAGCAAUCGAAGUUAAAGGCUGCUUGGACACGUGUCUUGAGAUAUAUGACAGUGGGCUUUAUGACCUCGACGAUGCCCUUGAAGCUAUCAAUUCUCACGACAUUGAUAGGCUUAAAACAGUACUUAGCGCCGCUGUAUCAGAUAUCGAAACAUGCGAGGAAGCCUUCGAAGAGGAAGGCACUGGAGAUUCCCCAAUGAAGGAGUUUGAUAAGGAGUUGACGACGCUAGCUAGCAACAACUUGGCCAUUGCCAGUGCAUUGCUCCGCUAGAUCAUAUUUAAUCAAAAUUAUUAUUAUUUUUUAAUUAUGAUUAAUCCUGCCUUAUCAAAUGACAAGGAGAGCCAUUAAGCAAUCAAUUCAAUUUGUUAUUAAGCAAUCAAUUCAAUUAUCAA